CAGGAGCCCGGGAUCGGCCCUUCCGGGGCCACGCCGGCCCGCACCCGCCGCAGGUGACAGAGAUGACCGAUCCCUUUUGUGUUGGAGGAGGCCGCCGGCUCCCGGGGUCCAGCAAGAGUGGGCCUGGGAAGGAUGGCGGCCGGAAUGAGGUCCGACUUCCCAUGCUUCAUGACCCACCGAAGCUGGGGCUGCCAGCAGUCCGGGGUGGGCAGACGGUGCCCAGCCAGGCCCCGCUCUGCUUUGACCCAGGAAGUCCAGCCAGCGACAGAACGGAAGGGAAGAAAAAGGGGCGUCCGAAAGCCGAGAACCAGGCGCUCCGAGACAUUCCCCUCUCCCUGAUGAACCAGUGGAAAGACGAGUUCAAGGCGCACUCGAGGGUGAAGUGUCCAAACGCUGGGUGUUGGCUGGAGUUCCCCAGCAUCUAUGGGCUCAAGUACCACUACCAGCGGUGCCAAGGGGGUGCCAUCUCAGAAAGGCUGACCUUUCCCUGCCCCUUCUGUGAGGCUGCAUUCACCUCUAAGACCCAGCUGGAGAAGCACCGGAUUUGGAACCACAUGGACCGACCCCUGCCCGCCCCCAAGCCUGGGCCUGUCAGCCGGCCAGUCAGCGUCGGUCGGCCCGUUGGGGUCAGCAAGCCCAUUGGAGUAAGCAAACCUGUCACCAUCAGCAAGCCCAUCGGCAUCAGCAAGCCAGUGACGGUCAGCCGGCCCGUGCCGGUCACCAAGCCCGUGACGGUCACCAAACCAGUGACAGCCAGCAGGCCCGUGCCGGUCACCAAACCAGUGACAGCCAGCAGGCCCGUGCCACUCAACAAGCCUAUACCGGUCACCAAGUCUGUGCCAAUUGCCAAGCCAGUAACAGUCAACAAACCGGUGCCGGUCUCCAAACCAGUGACCAUCAACAAGCCGGUGUCUGUGACGAAGCUUGUGACGGUUACGAAGGCCGUGCCAGUUGCGAAGCCGGUGACGGCCAGCAGGCCCAUUGUGGUCAGUAAGCCGGUGACGGCCAGCAGGCCCGUUGCCAUCAGCAGACACACGCCGCCGUGCAAGAUGGUGCUGCUAGCCAAGUCCGAGAACAAGGCUCCUCGGGCCACAGGGAAGAGCAGCGGUAAGAAAAGGGCUGCAGACGGCCUGGAUGCCUGCCCGCUCCCGCCCAAGCAGGCGAGGCCGGAGAACGGGGAGUACGGCCCAUCCACCACAGACCAGAGUUCAGCCUUCCAGCUGGGCACAGACCCCGGCAGCAGCCCCCUUCCUCUGGGCAGCAGACCCUUGGGCAAGGAGGCGCCGAGGGCCGCGGGCCCCGUGUCCCCGCCUGAGGAGGGUGCGGAGCGCACAAAGCACAGAAGGAAACAGAAGACACCCAAGAAGUUUACGGGUGAGCAGCCCUCCAUCUCAGGGACUUUCGGACUUAAAGGUGAGGCCUGGAGCAGCCGGGCGCCUGUGGGGCCAAGCACACGCGGCGGCCGCGCCCUCAGCCUGCACCUGCCCCUCCCGCGUGUGCACGUAGGCCUGGCCAAGGUGGAGGACAAAGCCCGCAUCCACCGCGCCAAGAAGCAGGAGGGGCCGGUCCCCGAGGAGGCGCGGAAGAGGGGGCCAGCCCCCACCAGCGCCAUCAGCAAGGAGGUGCCGGCCCCUGGGGCCCACCCAGCCCCAGGUGGCCUUGAGGAGCGGUGGCAACGGGCCAUCCACGAACGGGGGGAGGCCGUCUGCCCCACCUGCAACGUGGUCACCCGAAAGACCCUCGUGGGGCUCAAGAAGCACAUGGAAGUGUGUCAGAAGCUGCAGGAUGCGCUGAAGUGCCAGCACUGCCGGAAGCAGUUCAAGUCCAAGGCGGGCCUCAACUACCACACCAUGGCCGAGCACAGCGCCAAGGCCUCUGACGCCGAGGCCUCGGCGGGGAGCGAGCAGGAGGAGCGGGAGCGGCUGCGGAAGGUGCUGAAGCAGAUGGGGCGGCUGCGCUGCCCCCAGGAGGGCUGCGGGGCCGCCUUCGCUAGCCUCAUGGGCUACCAGUACCACCAGCGACGCUGCGGGAAGCCGCCCUGCGAGGUGGAGACCCCUUCCUUCCCCUGCACCCACUGCGGCAAGACCUACCGCUCCAAGGCCGGCCAUGACUACCACGUGCGCUCGGAGCACGCGGCCCCGCCCCCCGAGGAGCCUGCGGACAAGGCCCCCGAGGCUGAGGACCUGUUGGGUGUCGAGCGGACGCCCAGCGGCCGCAUCCGCCGCACGUCGGCCCAGGUCGCUGUGUUCCACCUGCAGGAGAUCGCGGAGGACGAGCUGGCCCGGGACUGGACCAAGCGGCGUAUGAAGGACGACCUGGUGCCCGAGACCGGGCGGCUCAACUACACGCGGCCCGGCCUUCCUGUGCUGAACCCCCAGCUGCUGGAGGAGUGGAAGAAUGAGGUCAAGGAGAAGGGCCACGUCAACUGCCCCAAUGAUUGCUGCGAAGCCAUCUACUCCAGCGUGUCCGGCCUCAAGGCCCACCUGGCCAGCUGCAGCAAGGGGGACCACCUGGUGGGGAAGUACUGCUGUCUGCUGUGUCCCAAGGAGUUCAGCUCCGAGAGUGGCGUCAAGUACCACAUCCUCAAGGCCCACGCGGAGAACUGGUUCCGCACUUCGGCAGACCCGCCUCCCAGACACAAGGGCCCAGACUCCCUGGUGCCCAGAAAGGAGAAGAGUCCGGCUGGCGGGAAGAAGCGGGGCCGCAAACCCAAGGAGCGACCCCCUGAGGAUCCGGCCCCGGGGACGCCUCCCCACCGGGAUGACUGGCCCCCAGGAGGCAGAGACAAGGGGGCCCGGGGCUCUGCUGGCCGGAAGGUGGGAGCCGGCAAGGCGCCCGAGAACUCCUGUCCUCCUCCAGUUCCUGGAGAGGAGGGCCUCCAAUCCGGGCUCAGCUCUCCUCACCCUGCACUAGGGAGACAGUUUCCAGGAGGGCUUCGGGGCCGAGGCGCCGUGCUGCCCGUCUCUGGCUUCUUCCUUCAGCCGCAGUGCUCUGACCCCGGGCAGUCCUGGCCUGAUGUGCUGGGGGGGGGGGUGUGGAGACGUGGACUCCCCCCACUCACACGCACCUGAUCUGAUCAGGGGGUGGAGGCCUGGGCAGGUGCAGGUAAUCCGGCAUCAAAGACUGAGGCAAGCAGCAUGACUUGGGUACAGGAGGGCUUUCUCUCCUGUGUUCCCGGGUGUCACUGGGGUACAGCUGGUGGAGGUAGAGGUGGGUCGGGCAGCCACUCUAGGGGCAGCUGCCGGCGGGAGGGUGGGGAGCAGGCACUGAUGGGAGCCCCACGCGCACUUUGUCCUUGUCACCAAUGGUUGGAGGAGGUUGGACCUCAACGCCUCUGCUGGGGAUAGCUGCCUGCCCCGGCCUCUCAGGUACUUGGCCCUUGGGGAGCGGGGGCUGGUUUUGGCUGGGGGAUGCAUUUCAUUGUCACCCCCGGAAGUCCAUGUGUGGUCCCUGGCGUGGGACCCCCACCAGAUAUGUGAGAAGAGGUGGGGUCCUGGGUAACUUGAUGUUUAUAGCACUUUAACCCCCUUCUUUGUCUUUAAGGUGGGUGUGGGGACUGCUGCCAAAAGUGGCGCUGGGUUGGACCCCUCUCUCUCCCCUCUUCCCUCCCGGCUUCCGUGCUCUGGCUGGUGGGUGGCAGCAGCAAGCUGGUCCUCAGAGCCCUCCUGCUACGGUGGCAGAGCCCUGGGCGGCUCAGCAAGAUCUGCCCACCUCCCACUCUGGUGGGAGUGCAGCCAGGUAGCCUUGACUGACACCUUCAAUGAGAGGGACUGAGCGGCAGACACCCCCCUCCAUGCGGUGGGUGUGGACCCUGCCUGAGACCCCAAACCCAGGGCACAAUGUCAGGUCCCUUUCUGAAGAUCUACCUCUGGCCCAGCCCACCCCCCUUGCCCUGAGAACAGGAAAGGGUCGACUCAAGGGACCGACAUGUCACACGACAAUAGGA